UUCAGCAAAUUUUGAAAUGUGGUUUCUUGUCGACCAGAUGACAUCUCGUGGGUACACUCAGCACUUUGCAACAUCGUUACUUUCUGUGUUAGGAUUUGCAAAUCUUGUAGGGCGUAUACUAGGUAUUAUGGUAAAAUUAAGGAAACAUUCAUGCCUUGCUGUGUACAACAUGUUUUACGUAUGUCCUAUUCUAGCAGUAGCACACGUACUGGUUAUAUUACUGCAAAGGCUCGGCAGAUGGAUGUAUGCAGCUUGUACAGUUCAUGGUGUAGCGUUUGGGUUGCUGAAUGUAUUUGCACCAGUUAUUAUUUACGAUUUGUCCGACAAAGACAAGUUUCAACAAGCAGUAUCUCAAUUGAACUUGACAUUUGGUGUUGCAAACUUACUAAGCAACUUUAUAGGAGGUAUUAUCAGAGACAUAUAUGGAAAUUAUGAUAUGGCAUACAAGCUUGGAGUGACAGCUGCUAUCAUAGUUACCUUAGGUUUUGUAAUCAUUGCUAAAGAAACAAGAAAACGGGACAUGGAAAGAAAGAGUUUUAUAACUGAAUAUAAUGAACAAGUCACAAAAUAUAAGUCUAUCAAUUAAACUAUUUACAAAUAUUGUUUUUCCUGCCUGGUCUAAAUUUGGUUAUUUCUUUAUUUGAAUUGUAUUAUAUGUCUAUGGUACGUCAGUAUUUUCUGUAAACAACAUUAGAAAUAAAUAUAUAUAGCUUGUUACUAAAUUGAUAUAUCAAAUGGCAUGUGACACAAAUGGAUGAGUUUCUGAAUAAUUUACAUUUAUACCCGUCCGCGUUUUGCACUUGUGCCUUCUUCUGUUUUUGACUGGUCCCUUGCCGUUGGCAAGGAGCCAACUUAGUAGAAGAGAGGUUAUGUAAAUGAUCACCGAUGCUGAUAUAGAAACAAAUCAGAUCCGUUUGAUUAAUAAAAUCUUUACAACAAGGGAAUCAAAUACUCAAAACUAUGAUUUUACACGGGAUUUAACAAUUUUAGAGCAACAAUCCUUAGCAAGGCUAACCCCCUCCCCAUGCCAAGGAAAGCAAAUUAAAAUGUGUGUUAAAUUUUGCUUCACAUUUUAUCGUGACAAAAUGCAUCAGAACUUCUGUUAGAGUAUAAUUACUUUGUAAAUGAAAUAUAGUAAAAACAGAUGAUGACUUUAUAUUAAAUAUGGAAUAUUAAAGAUUCCAAUGUAACGUACAAUUUGUGUAUUUAAGACAUGUAUAUUAUCUGAAAGAGAACUUUAAGUUAUUAAAAUAUUGAUAAAUGGCUUUAUUUUAUAUGCUUGCUAUAUACGAGGGAUGAUAAAAAUUAAACCGGACUGUGACUAUCAAUUGAUGAAUUUUCAACCUAUCACUUAUUGUUAUAUAUCACACUUAAUCGGAAAACAAUACCUUUAAACUGAUGCUUUAUCUAAUCUGAUAACGCAAAUAAUUUGUCCUUAACAGCGAAUUCAAAAACCAUGGUAACGCUUACCCGGCGCAGUGCGUAAAUUCGCUUUGACACCAGGCUCUUUAAGCAGCGUAUAUUUUACAAUAUGGGACAUUUAGAUCUCAAAAUACGCCAACACGUCAUGUACCAUAUCUUUGACGUUGUCAGUAAAAAUUACUUGAUUCAAAUCAUAUUUAUAUUUGCAAUCACAAUUCAAACGUCACAUGUUAAUGAAAUACUCCGUUAAAACUAUGUCGUCGGAAUGUCUCGAAAAUCGAUCAAUAAGAAAAAUUUGUCAAAAGUAAGACGAGAAACUGUUUAAAACGUAGAAAAAGAUUAUGGCUAUCAAGGGAAAAGUUCCAGAAAGCCACAGCAUAUUUUUUGAUUAGCAUAAAAAAAACUAAGAAAGGGUAAUAGAGAAAUAGAAAACAAGUAAGGGAGAGACAGAAAAAAGAAAUUUUCAAGGACGUUGGGGACGUCAAUCGCCAAGACGUUGAAAAAUGACAGUCGAUUGACUGCGGACAUUGUCAACGAUGUUCGACAGUAGCUACGGCACGGUGCAGUCAGCUCUAAGGAUUUUAAAAUGAUAAUAGUUAAUGCAUUAAUUACAUAUAUUGUAUUCUUUGUUUACAAUUGUAUCAAUUAUUUUCUUAUUUUAGGCAGUAGUUUUAUAGAGAAAUUGUGUCAACAAUUAGACAGUCACUGUUCAAAAU